UAUAGAGCCUGAGUUGACUCCAACAUGGCUGCGCAGAUGGCGGUAAAUUCAGGAGCCAGUCUGUGGGGGCCGUUCAAAGAGUUCUGGGAGACAGUGGUCAGUGCCAUCUGGAGGAGGCAACCAGAGGCCGUGCAUCUCCUGGACCUGAUGCUGAAGAAACACAAGCCCCACUUCAUCUCGCUCUUCAAGAACCCGCCCAAGAGUGCUGAGCAGAGGGACAAGGUGAAGAAAGCCAGUACAGAGGGCAUUUCGGUCCAGGGCCAGCAGGGCACCAGGCUCCUCCCAGAGCAGCUCCUCGCAGAGGCCUUCAUCCUGAGUGACCUCUUCAACAUCGGAGAACUGGCUGCCCUGGAGCUUCUCCUGGCAGGGGAGCACCAGCAGCCCCAUUUCCCUGGCUUGACCCGAGGGCUGGUGGCCGUGCUCCUGUACUGGGAUGGGAAGAGGUGCAUCGCCAACUCGCUGCGCUCUCUCAUUCAGUCCCGCCAUGGAAAGACCUUCACUCUGGAGCUCAGCUCAGAGCUGGUGUCCAUCACCACGCGCUUCACAGAUGACCUGAUGAGUCAGGGCCUGACUGGGAAAAUCCUGGCCCUGAUUUCAGAAAUCAGUGUCACCAAGGAGUUUGAGAAACUACAGAAGGAGCGCGGCCUGGGGAAUGAAAAGCACAGAAAGGAGGUGUCUGAUCUGAUUAAGGAGUGCCGCCAGUCGCUAGCAGAGUGCCUUUUUGCCUGGGCCUGUCAGUCGCCUCUCAACAAAGACGACACCCUGGCUGUCAUUGGCUACUUGGAGAAUGUGACAACAGAGGCAGAUGGUUCACUGGACAGCGUGAAUCUGGCACUUGUCAUGGCCCUGCUAUACUGUCUGGAUGUCAGCUUUCUGGAGCAGGGCACUGAAGACAGGGAAGAUCUUAUCCAGGCCCUCCCGCUGCUGACGGAAAAGGAGUAUGUGGACGCCAUUUACAAACGCCUGCUGGACUCCCGCUCCUGGAAGCUGCCUGGCCUGCAGGCUGUGGUGAGACUGGCCUGGGCCCUGGCACUCCGUGCCCUCUCCCAGCUGCCCCAGGGCACAGCUCUGGUGGAGUUCACCGAAGGGGAUGAGACCCUUGCAGAUCUAGCCAUCCAAGACAACGCUUUCCUCUUCAUAACCGAGGCCAUGCUGGGCUCAGAGGGCUUUGGACAGGAGGAGUUCUACACUCGCCGCAUGCAUUCCCUCUUGACCGACUUCUUGUCCCUCAUGCCCAUGAAGGUGAAGCAGCUGAGGAACCGGGCUGAUGAAGAUGCCAGGCUGGUCCACAUGAGUCUGCAGAUGGGCAGUGAGCUGCCGGCUGCCCUGCGCAGAGAUCUGGAGCACCUCAUGAUUCUGAUCGGCGAGUUCUAUGGGAAAGACCCCUUUAACCUGGAGCUGGCCCUGGAGUACUGGUGCCCACUGGAAUCCAUCCAUCAAAGCUCCACCUUCACAGGCUCGUACCUGGGAGUGCCACACCAGAGGCCCCCCCACAAACAGGUGGUGCUGUCCAAGUUUGUGAGGCAGAUGGGGGACCUCCUGCCCUCCACACUGUACAUCCCUUACCUGAAAAUGCUGAAGGGGUUGGCGAAUGGGCCCCAGUGUGCCCACUACUGCUUCAGCCUGCUCAAAGGAAACGGAACCCCACAUGUGGAGAACAUCCAGGCAGCGGUGGGCAGUCCAGUGUCCUGGGAGCACUUCUUCCACUCUCUGAUGCUCUACCACCAGAACCUGCGGCGGGACCUUCCCAGCGCAGACGCAUCGCAGUACCGCCACCUGGCACUGCGGGGCAUCACGCAGCGGGAGCUGGACGGGCUCACCGUCUUCCUGCAGCUCAUCACCACCAUCAUCACCUGGAGCGAGAAUGCGCGGCUGGCGCUGUGUGAGCACCCCCAGUGGACACCGGUGGUGGUGAUGCUGGGCCUCCUGCAGUGCAGCAUUCAGCCUGUGCUGAAGGCCGAGCUGCUGCAUUGCCUGGCUGCUUUUGGAAAAUCGCCCGAGAUCGCAGCCUCCCUUUGGCAGUCGCUGGAGUACACCCAGAUCCUGCAGACAGUCAGAGCUCCAGGACAGCAGCGCCAGGCCUCUGGGAUUGAAGUCGAACUGAAUGAGAUCGAGUCACGAUGUGAGGAGUACCCCCUGACGCGGGCCUUCUGCCACCUGAUCAGCACCCUGGUGGAGAGCUCCUUCCCCACUAACCUUGGCGCAGGGCUGCGCCCUCCCGGGUUUGAGCCAUAUUUGGCCUUCCUUCGUGACACCGUCUUCCUGCCCUUCCCUACUCGGGCCUACCGCCGUGCCGCCGAGAAGUGGGAGGUUGCAGAGGCAGUACUGGAGGUGUUCCACAAGCUGUUGCGAGACUACGAACCCCAGCCCAGCGACUUUGUGCAGGAGAUGGUGGAACUUCAAGGUGAGCAGGUGCCGGCGAACAUGCCUCCUGGAUACAGCGUGAUGUUCCACCUGCUGAACGACUCGCCCAUGUUCACCCUGUGCCUCAGUCUGCUGGAGGAGGGCGUGAAGUUGUUGGACACCUAUGCCCCCUUCCCAGGUAAGAAGCACCUGGAGGGGGCAGUGCUGCACUGCCUCUGCCUGCUGGACCUGGCCCUGCAGAAGGAGACUCUGUUCAUGGACCUGCUGCGGGAGAGCCAGUCCUCGCUCAUCGUCAGCCCGCUGGAGCAGCUCCUGCAGGGGGUCAGUUCGCAGAGCCGGAAAGCCGAGCACAUGGUCAACAUCGCCAGGUACCUGUACCAUGGCAACUCCAACCCAGAGGUGGCGUAUGAAAGCGCCAAAAUCCUGUGCUGCAUCUCACGCUACCCCAACAUCCAGGCCAGGCUUGUGGGGGACUUCACACAUGACCAGUCUGUGAGUGAGAAGCUAAUGACGGGGUUUGUGGAGUGCCUAGACAAUGAAGAAGCAGAAGAGUUGGGCCAGGAGGCAGACGACUCCGACCCAGAGAAGAAAGUGGCACGGAUCCGAAAUGAAACUCAGAUUCACAUCCUCAACCUCCUCAUCACCUCCCUGGAGCUGAAGCCGCCCAACCUGGCCCUGUACCUGCUGGGGUACGAGCUGAAGAAACCUGUCUCCACCACCAACCUGCAGGACCCAGGAGUGCUGGGCUGUCCACGCAGCUGCUUGCACGCCAUCCUGAGCCUGCUGCAGAAGGGCAGCGAGAGCCGCUCGGGCCCCGUCUUGAUGCGCGAGGCCCCCCAUCUGGCAGAGCUCUGCUAUCAGGUGAUCUACCAGCUGUGUGCCUGCUCGGAGACCUCCGGCCCCACCAUGCGCUACCUGCGGACCAGCCAAGACUUCCUCUACACCCAUCUGCAGCACCUGCCCUUCCUCACUAAGGGUAAUGAGGUUUCUGCUCUGAACCAGAUGUCCUGGCUGAUGAAGACCGCAGCGAUCGAGCUGCGACUCACAUCUCUCAACCGCCAGCGCUCCCACACGCAGCGGCUGCUCGACCUGCUCCUGGACGACCUGCCUCGCAGGGCGCCCAUCGGUGAUAUAGAAGCUGGACUGGAAGAGGAGACACGAUCAGUCAGUGGUUUCCUGCAUUUUGACUCCGUUUCUAAAGUGCGCCGGAAGAUCCUCAGUGUGCUAGAUGCCAUUGAUUUCAGCCAGGAGGUGCCAGAGCUUCUCCAGCUGGACUUCUUUGACAGGACCCAGAUAGAGCAGGUCAUCUCCAACUGUGAGCAUACCAACGAGCAUGGCCAGAGUGUCUGCAACGUCAAGCUCCUGCACAGAGUUCUGUUGGCAGAGGUCAAUGCUCUCCAGGGGAUUGCAGCCAUUGGCCAAAGGCCAUUGCUUAUGGAGGAGGUCAACUCAAUUCUGCAGCAUGUUGUGGAGAGAAAUCGGGUGCGGCAGAGCCUCAGUGCCAAACGCCAUGCCCUGCAGUCCUGGCGCAACCUGGUAGAGACCAUCCUGACUGCCUGUCCCCCAGACAUCAUUCCCGCUGAGGACCGCCAGCUCAUCAUCCGAGACCUACUGCUGGACUUGCAUGACAAGGUGCUCUCCGAAGACGCGGCCGAGGAGCUGACGCCGGUGGUCGCCGGGGCGGUGUUCACCCUCACCGCCCACCUCAGCCAGUCGGUGCUCUCGGAGCAGCAGCAGGGGGCGCGGCCGGAGGGAUCCGCCGCCUCGGGCUUCGCCUCCAUAGCGAACUCUGCUCUGCACCUGAUCCUCAGGAAGCUGCUGGACUUCAUUCUCUGUACCGGUGGUGGUUUCCAGAGGUUACGGGCCCACCUGUAUGGGUCUCUGCUCUACUACCUACAGAUCGCACAGAAGCCGGAGGAGCCGGACACACUGCAGACAGCCGGGACGUCCAUGUGGGAGCGUCUGACAGCCCCCGAGGACGGCUUCAGCAAGCUGCAGAGGGAGAACCUGUCCAUCAUCCAGAGCUACGGCACAGCGCUCAUGGAGGUGGUGUGCCGGGACGCCUGCGAUGGCCAUGAGAUCGGACGGAUGUUGGCGCUGGCCGUGCUGGACCGGAUCAUCUCCAUCGACAAACAGUACCAGUGGCUGAUGUACAUGUCCAACAGCGGGUACCUGCGAGUGCUGGUGGAGAGCCUGCAGCAGGACGACCUGGCCCUGCAGAGCGUUCUGACACCGCAGCCCCCACUUCUGAAACCCCUCUACAUCUACGAGUCCAAGAUGGCUCUCUUCACCCGGGUGGCGAAAACAGGCCAGGGGGCGGUGGAGCUGCUGCGCUGCGGGCUGGUGGCUCGGCUGAUGGAGUGCCAGGUGUACGACAUGCUCCCCGAGACCGAUGUGCACAGGGCCUUUGGCCAGAGGGACCCCUCCUUCAUCCCGAGGCCCCUCGAUCGCUACAGACAGAUCCUCUUGCCAGCACUGCGGCUCUUCCAGGUCAUCCUCACCUCCAGCACCGCACACCACCAGCAGGGGGCAGCACAGGUGCUGCAGUGGCUGAUUGUCCACUCUGACACCAUCCACUCCAUCCUGCGCUGCCAGGACAUGAGCAUGGGCUCUCUGCAGGAGCUCUCCCUGCUCACAGGCAUCAUCAGCAAGUCUGCGCUGCCAGGAGUCGUGGAGCUGGGCCAGGAUGUGAACAGUGCCACCCUGCUGGAGCUUGAGGGUCACAUUGGCAGAUUCCAGCGGCUGUGUUUGUCUCUGCUGAGCCGGUUUGCGGGGUUGGAGCGACAGAGCUUGCUGAAGGCGGAAAGGGACGGUGUCAUGCAGGGGGAAACAGUAGACCACCGGGAGGAAAUGGAACUUGCCAUCCAGCAGAUAUGCGCCAAUGUGAUGGAGUACUGCCAGACACUGCUGCUGCAGAGCUCCCUGGAGGCCCAGUUCAGCAUCUGUCUCUUCAGCCCCUCAGUCAUGGAGCCCACAGGCCGAGACGGCUCCAGGCCAGACCUCCCUGUGUCGGGGGCUCCCUACUCCCGGGUCCCCAGCCUGGGUCUCAUCAUCUUCCUGCUCAAGCAGACCGCCAGCGACUUCUUCCGCUUCUACGAGAGCCACAGGCAGAGCGUCAGCAAGCUGCAGGGUGUGGAGCACCUUCCCCCGGAGGAGGUCAAAGAGCUAUGUCAGUCCCUUGUUUCCACCUCCAUUGGAGUGGACAAGACCUCCAUGGUGCAGCGCAUCAUCCUGGCCAAGAGGCGUCUGGUCAAGCACAUCAACAACCGCGCCAAACUGCUCUCCCUGUGUUCCUACAUCAUUGAGACGUGCCUAUUUGUUCUUUGGCGCCACUUAGAGUAUUAUUUGCUUUACUGUAUCCCCUCUGACACCCAGCAUUCACUGCUGCCUGCCAGUCACUCUUUUAGUUCCAGAAAUCCAAACGAUUCCUUCGGAGUGUUGCCAAACAGCGAUAUGAGAAGCUUUGGUUUGUCUCGAGUGAGUCAGCAGGAUCUGGAGCAGUUACAGACAGAUGUGGCGUGCAGUUUCGGGGACUCCUUGCAGAAGAAAGUCUUGGAUGUGGAGGGGCUAUACUGCCAGGUGCGCUCGCGGUACACCUUUAUCCAGGCACUCGUGAGACGGAUCCGGGGCCUCCUGAGGACCACGAAGGGUUAACUGGCAGCAGCACCAUGAGUCACUGAGCGAUAGUUCACCUCCAGUGCUUCACUGUUUUCAUAUUAUGUGUGAAGAGAUCAGUAGAUUUAUAAAAUGCUUUUUCCUUUUUCUAAUGUGAAAAUAAAAUUAACUUUUUAACAUCG